UCCGCCUUAACGUUUAAAACGUGUGUCGUCAGUUGCAUGACGUACAAGCUGCCAGUGUUGUGCAUAGCAAAGUGCCUGAAUUAGAAGGGAAGCAAAUGAAUUUGGCUUUUAGCCAGUGAAUUAUCGAGCGAAGAAAUUUUAAACGUCGAUAGAUUACAAGACACAAUGCCAUGGAUUGCUGUUAUUUUAACAGAAAUGGAAGUUUUGAGACAAAAAGAGAACUUCCAAACAUUUCUAGCCCAGAGAUGUUUAACAGCGACGAUGAAGAUGAUAGACAAAACGAUGAAGUAAUAGAACAUGAGCCAGAGGCAAUACCAAUUAGUCCUGAGAAACCUUCUCAAGCUGAUUUAAUUGCUAAAUCUGAUAAUAAUUUAUUAGGCAGAAUUAAUAAAUUUUUGAGCGGAAUACCCCCACCACCUAAGCAUACAAUUUGCCGAGCUGACUGUUCAGAACUUUUAUUACGUAUUUAUGAAAAUAGCCAUCUCUUUUGGACACCAAAUGUGUUGCCGGAGAAACAAUCGCGACCUGAUGUAAACCAAGAUUCUCCAGAGCAACAGAAAGAAAAUAUCAGUACAAAUAAUUCUGUGCAACUCAGCAGAAAUACACCUAGAAAUUUAUCUACUGCUUUUGAUGCAUGUGAUCCACAAUGUCAAAAUAAUAUUAGUAAUAAUCUAGAUACAAAGGAUGUUAAGAAUAAUAUUUGCCGUGAUAAUUUUAGAAUAGAACAAGUAGUUCCUACUAAUAAGAAAAAUAUAUCAGACAAUCAAAUAAGUACCACAACAAAGUCUUUGAAAACUGAUCAAGAGCAAUUACUUCUUUAUCAUACAGUCAGUGAAAAAGAAGCUGCCAGUUUAACGUGGCCUGAAGCAUAUUUCCACAAAUUUCAUGAAAUUUAUUAUAACAGAAAUAAAGCUAUGGAGGAUUUCGAAAAUUUGUCAAUAAAAUUAUACCAGAGAUACAUAGGGGCUGAAACUCAAUCCACUUGUACUGUUUGGUUCUCCAAGCCAGCACCAGGAAGCGCCAAAAAACGAAAUCUUUUAGCUAAACGUGAUAAUGGUCAAAGUCCGGGGAAAAGACUAAGUCAUUUAACGCGAAGGCGGAGAACAUUCUCUAGUGCGAAUUUACAAGGACUAGCGCUCAAUAAUAAGAAAAUGCUAGUGUUAAAUAUUAAGAAACCUACUAUUAAGAAAGGUAAAAGUCCACGGGGAAAAAGUCCUCGCUGUAAAAGCCCGAGAGGGACCCCUAGGAGUUCAACAAAGAAGAAAGUAGCUCGAAGACUUGUUUUAGACGGCCCCAGUCCUUUGAAAGCGAAAGUAGAGACAUCAAAGCGGGCCUUGUUUCAAAGUCCUCCCUCCGAUAGAGCCGGUCCGAGCAAGAUAUUGUCGAGUGGAACGAAUGCCCAGAGUAUUAAACGCGCAUUAUUCAGUAGCGGGUCAAAGGAAAAUAAUGCUGAAGCAAUGCAAAAGAUAGAAGAGUCCAGAAAAAGGAAAAGCGAAGAAGAAUUGGAGGGGCCACGAUUCAAGUGGCCGAAAAGUUUAUCUUUCGAUUGCACUCAUGAAAUGCAUAAUAAUUCUGCAACCGCAUGGGAUAGACAUUCAUCUAGUAGCAUAAUCGACAAAAAUAAAGUGAUUUCAAACGAGGGGAAAACAGAACUUAGCGAUACGCAUAGGAAGAAACUACUGUGGGCAGUAGCAGAGGCUUUACGAGGGAAAGGGAUCGGCAUGACUCAUCCGCAAUUCAAGCAGUAUGCUACGAACUUAGCGCGGACCAUCAAGAAAUAUAUGCCCGAUCUCGAGAACAGAAAUAUUCCCCGCAAGCCAGGGAGUACGAGUGACCGGAUGUUGAAACUAGCGAAACAUCACGUUUUAUUCAUAAUUGAAGCGGGUCCAACCGACUGACAAUACUCAUUGCUGCUAGACACAAAGAAACUGACUCAACUUUACACAAAGUUUACAUUAUUUAAAGUACAAGCGAUCAUUGGUAUGUUAAGAUAGCAUAUGCACGCGAACGGUGACUUUUAUUUAACAAAGUGUAUAGUGAGAUAAAAUUUGAUGAAUUGUAUUAUAAUUGAAACUGCACGCGAAAAAUAUUUCGGAGUGCGGGUACGUGUGACUGUUCAAAAAAAAGGAAAGUGGUGUUUGUGAAGUAUUAGAUAUUUUUUACUGCAUAAACAUAAAUAAGAGAGGUUGUUUUAAAUAUGCCUAUUUUUUUAUUAGCGGUAAAAUAGUAUAUAUAUAUAUAUAUUUCACAACUUAUAAAUAAUUAAUAAAAGGUGCUUUUUUUUAAAAUAAAAACGUAAUUUGCAAUUAAUUUUAGAAACAACGCAUGUAUACAUGUACAUAUAUAUAUAUAAUAUAGAUCCUUCAUAUCUAGCAUACGGUUGUGUCUAAAACAUCAAGGAGGGCGAGUAAAAAAAUAAAGACUAAUCGCGUUUGCAGCCGCGAUACUCGUUUA